AUGGCAGAAGAAUUGAAGAAAAAUGGACUGUAUGUCGAUGAGAAUCACAUUUUAAGGGUACUAGAACCAGCUAUCAUCAAGGAGACGCAAGACUUGAAGGAAGAAAAUGAGAUUUUCCAAGAGAAGCUUCAAGUAUUUCGGAGUGCAGGCAGCUCUAUAGCAAAAAACUUGAUUCUUCUUGGCGAAGUUGUUGAGAGACAAAAAUUGCUGGCUAUAAAUACUCAAAACUUGGCUAAUUCAUCGGCUAAGCAGAAGGAGAUUGAACAGCAACAAAUACAAACGAAAAUCGUUGAGAUGUCAUUGGAACUGGAUCGAUUAAAGAUUGAACUCAAAUAUUUGCAGAAAUGUGAAUCUGAGCUGCAAGAGAUUUUUGAUAAUUUUCGACAAAAUCAAUGA